GCUUAUAUUUGCUGUAUUCUGAGAGCACUCAUAUUAUUUUGCUUCGCACACUGCUGAGGUGCUGGGAACGGUUGAUGUUUUGGGAAACAUGCUUAGGGAGGCAGGGCAGCUGUUGAGUGAGAGAUGGCCACUCUCGCUCCACAUCUGACUCUUUGUUUACAAGUAUAUAAAGAGGUGACUGCCCUCAGCCCGGUGAGUCUGCCGUGAGUUCGUGUGUGGAAUACCGGCAUCGUGAACGCUGAUCUUAACCUAGGACUGAGGGCUCCCAGUUCGUGUCAAUGCAAUACUAAUUUUGAUUUCAGAUCCAUGUUUCCGUGGGAUCUGCUGAUUGGAUGACCCGAGGGACAGCGCGAUGGCGGACGUCCCAAACCAUGGGAGGCACCACAGGGCUGGUGCAGGAUUUGGGGCCAUCAUCCUCCAUGUCCUCGCUGCCAUGGUCCUGCUGGCACACCUCUGUUGGGCAGAAGCACCAGUCCGGAUUCUGAACGAAGUGGUUCAGCCGUAUCAACUGUGAUGGGGAGACAGCACGUGCACCGGAAUCCAGGAUGACUACACAUGCUCUCGGUGGCGUGUAGGAAGCAUUCCAGUAGUCUUCAAGGGAUGUAACGUUAAAGUGGAUUCAAGGAGAGGUUUGUGCCAAUAUGAAUCAUCUACAGAACGAGCGUGUAAGAAGACACACACUCAAAUUGCACCUGCUGCACACACUUGUCAACAAAUGGCACAAUCGAAGAUAACAAAGUUCACUGGAAAGUUUUUUUUGUUGUUUUUUUUUUUUUCUCCUCCUCUGCCAACAUGCACUAGGACGAAACGUGCAUGAUGGGACACUUUGCUUGGUGGAACAGGUACUGUGUUAAGUGUUUCCAACGCUUUUUGACAAUAACAUAACAAGAACUAUGUUAUUAAACACUGGACAGCAUGCAUCAAGAGCUGUUCAUCAGGUUGGAUUAUGGAUGCCUACUGUUGUAACAUCACAGGAGGAAACUGCAAAGAUCUUCCUUAAAGAACUGAACUGGCAAAUAAAGAUGUGGAACAUGACAGCAGAAGUGUUAACGAACAUUUCUGUAGCUUUGAACUGGAUGGUAUGUAACGUACAAAUGAUGCACGCUCACAUACAACAAGAACGGUUUAAGCGUGUGGUUACUACCGGAAAUUUCCACGAAUGGAGACAACUAUGGAACAUUAGUAGUAAAAGUUGGUUACAACUAGAACCACAGAAGACCUAUUGUAAUGCUACUAUGUGUGAAGGACAUUGGACACAAAUUGAUGUUAUCAAUAGUACUACUGUCUGUCAUUAUUAUAUAUUGCCCGUAGUAACUGUACAGGGGUAUUGGUUUUUGAAACUGGAUGGUGAUUGGUUUGGCCCACAGACAAACUACACCCAUGACCUGGAUCUAUGCGAGACUGCUGAUAAAGGGAUGGUAUGUAUGCUACAACAAGGAGAUCUUAACCCAUGUUUAACCGGAGACGAGGUGUUAUGUGAUUGGACUCAUGAACCUGCUAGAGAAACAAUAAAGAGUCAUCCUCAAUUACCUCAGGUGCCUUUCGUUGGGUGUUUUGAUGUAUACAUCUGGAGUUGGAAUAACGUGACCUAUCAAUUAACCAAUUUCACUAUCUCCCUGGAUUGGUUCAAAUGCGCAUUGAAUCAGUCUACGGAACUAAAUUGCUUAGUUAAAUCACACAGGUCCAACAUUUCCAGCUUAAAGGUGUCUACAUUUAUGGCCCAAGGACAGGUUCUGCAUGCGGCUAAGUUAAUAGAGCAAUCAUCUGCACAUCAUUGGUGGGACAUUUUUAAUGGAAUGUCUGUUACUGCUCGAAACUAUGUAGUACCUCCUUUGCUUUUGCUUAUCAUUGUUAUUAUAGUGUUAACCUCAUGUAAUGUUUGAAGAUUAUAAUCAAAAAGUGGUGUGGGACAGAAAGGAUAACUUUGCUGAUGAAAAUAGAUCUUGGGGAUGGUUUUUCCAAAAUUAGGUUUUGUCAAAGACCAAGGGGUGGAAUGAUAUAUUAAAGAGUUAUUUUUGUUCUUUGACUAUGUAUUUUGGGAAAAACUGGUUAGUUUUAAACUAAGAGCAACAUACAUGCUCGUG